GAUUACUAUUAUUAUUAUUUGUUGAAGCGUGGAGUCUGAUGUGCGAUUCUCUCUCUUCCGACCGUACUUUUUAGAGAUCUUGAGUGAAUAAAUUUGAUCAAAUUGUUGGAUUGAACCGCGGUUUAUUAACAAUGUCAAACGCAACAAGUCGCUUAGCCGUCGCGGGAACCCGGCAGUCUGGAGGAUCGGUGCGUACAGAAAAUGUUAUGGCUGCUUGUGCUGUUUCCAACAUACUUAAAAGUUCUUUAGGUCCAGUUAGUUUAGACAAAAUGCUGGUUGAUGAUAUUGGUGAUGUUACUGUUACCAAUGAUGGUGCGACAAUCUUACGUCUGUUAGAAGUGGAACAUCCAGCUGCACGAGUUUUAGUUGAACUAGCUCAGUUACAAGAUGAAGAAGUUGGAGAUGGCACCACUUCUGUUGUAAUAGUGGCAGCUGAGCUUUUAAAAAAUGCAGAUGAACUUGUGAAACAAAAGAUUCACCCAACUUCAGUCAUCAGUGGCUAUAGGCUUGCUUGCAAAGAGGCGUGCAAAUAUAUUCAAGAACAUUUGACCGUCAGUGUGGAUGAACUUGGAAGAGAUUGUUUGGUCAACGUCGCAAAGACGGCCAUGUCUAGCAAAAUUAUCGGAGCGGACGAUACUUUCUUUGGUAACAUGGUAGUCGACGCCGCUAAUGCGGUAAAGAUCUCCGAUGGCAAAGGUGGCUUUUUGUAUCCAAUCAAAGCAGUCAACGUCCUGAAAGCUCACGGAAAGAGCGUUCGAGAAUCGGUUUCGGUUCAGGGAUAUGCUUUGAAUUGCACCGUCGCCUCCCAAGCGAUGCCGAAAAGAAUAGCGAACGCAAAGAUCGCGUGUCUCGAUUUUUCAUUGCAGAAAGCGAAGAUGAAGUUGGGCGUUGAAAUACUUAUUACCGAUCCCGAAAAACUUGAAGCAAUACGUCAACGCGAAGCAGAUAUAACGAAGGAACGCAUUCAGAAAAUUCUCGCUACCGGGGCCAAUGUUAUUCUUUUGUCCGGUGGUAUUGACGAUUUGAGCUUGAAGUAUUUUGUAGAAGCUAAGGCUAUGGCAGUACGCAGAUGCAAGAAAGCCGAUCUGAAGAGAAUUGCCAAAGCUACAGGUGCGCAAUUUCUGACUUCACUGACAAAUAUGGAAGGGGAGGAGAGUUUUGACGCUAGUUUCUUAGGAGAAGCAGCUGAGGUGGUACAAGAAAUGAUAUGUGACGACGAGCUUAUUCUUAUCAAAGGCCCAAAGGCACGUACGGCAAGUUCUAUUAUUUUACGUGGACCAAGUGACUAUUACUGCGAUGAGAUGGAACGCUCGAUACACGAUGCGUUGUGCGUUGUCAAAAGAGUUCUCGAAAGCAAAAGCGUCGUCGCGGGAGGAGGUUGCGUUGAAGCUGCGCUUUCUAUAUAUCUGGAAAACUUCGCAACAUCACUGAGUUCUCGAGAACAACUGGCUAUAGCGGAAUUUGCACGAUCUUUAUUAAUUAUACCGAAAACGUUAGCGGUAAACGCAGCGCAAGACGCGAUCGAUCUUGUCGCCAAGCUCCGGGCUUAUCACAAUUCUAGCAUAACAAAACCGGAUCUCGUCGAUCUGAAAUGGGUGGGACUCGAUUUAAUCGCAGGUACUAUACGAGACAACAAAAAAGCCGGUGUGUUAGAACCGGCUAUUUCAAAGAUCAAAUCUUUGAAGUUUGCCACCGAAGCGGCUAUAACUAUUCUUCGAAUUGACGAUAUGAUUAAAUUGGAUCCCGAGCCGUCGAAAACCAAAUCUUAUCAGGACGCCAUGGAAGCUGGCGAAUUGGAGGAGUAAUAUCAUUAAGUGUAUUUGUAUCUGUUACAAAAAAAUAUGAUGCAUUUAAAAAAAAAAAAACAAGAAUUUGAAAAUCUGGCACACACGCAAAUUUACGAAAUAAUAAACGACGGUUACAUAAUUUAAUUAGUGCUUUAGUAUAUAGUAUAUUGUUUAUAGUUCUCAAGUACCGCAUGUAUGUCACGCAGUUUAAUUCUGUGUACGCAUAAAACACUGCUACUCAAAACUAAUUUGAAAUAAAGUUUUUUCAUAAUA